GUUGUUGAAUCUAAUAAGUAUCCUCUAAAGAUUUCUUUGAUCAGAAUUCCUCAAGAAAUACCAAGUGAAGUUAAGGAUUAUAUUAUUGUCAAGAUAUUAGUUACUGAUUAUGUUGAUCAAGAUCAAACUUAUGAUUACUAUCAAAAUAUUGCUGAAAAUUCAAAAGACAAAUUAGAACAUGAUACUUUACCUUCAAUUAGUUCAAAUAAUUUCAUGAAUAGAUCCAAAUUUCUUUCAUUGAAACAUAUAUGGGAUAAUAAUUUUGAUAGAUCUAUUAAAGGAUUAGUUAAUGUUGAAAUUAUAGAUCGUGAAUUUCAAGUUGUUGAAA